AACGCCGGCAGUGCGAGCGCUGUCAGAUCGCUGAGAACAGCCAGGGGGAGCGUCUCACGGUUAUUGCCUCACAACAGAGGGUGGAAGGUUUCAGUGAGCGGCUCUACUCCGCAACUUUAAGGUGGGAAGCUCCAGCUUGGGACAAAUUAGUUCUCAGGAUUGUACUUUGAUUGUUGAGGCGCUUUUUUGUUUGCGUUUGGUCUCUUUGGUUGGAAGUUUUUCUUUUGGAGACAAUGAUUGCCCUGCUCGCUGGCGUCGCUUGUCUGCUGGCCCUUGUCAAUGGCAACAGCGUGAAGACGCAGGAGAGCGCAUCAGAGCGCUUUGUUUGCACCGUUAUCCCCGCCGAUGCCAACACGGGCUGCCCUAUGGCGCACGAGGCGCUGUCCCAGGAAGAUGCGCUGCGCUCCACCGUGUUCCAAUUGCGGGAGACCAUCCUCCAGCAGAAAGAGACCAUCGGCAACCAAAAAGAGACGAUCCGGGAGUUGACGGCCAAACUAACCCGGUGUGAAAGCCUCUCCGAGGGGGACGGUAAGCACGGCUCUUGGAGGAAGGUGCCCGGCAAAUCAGGGGGCAAAGACACCAUGGGAGACUUACCCCGGGACCCGGGGCAGGUCAUUGACCAACUCAGUCGCACCAUGCAGUCGCUCAAGGACAGACUGGAGAAUCUAGAGCAUCAGCUGAGAUCCAACGUGUCCUAUUCAGCAAUGCCUAAUGACCUUCGAGAGAUGCUUCAAAGGAGGCUGGGGGACUUGGAGCAUCAGCUUUUAAAUAAAGUGAAUGAACUGGAAGACGAGAAGUCAUUGCUACAUAACGAGAGCACAGCUCACAGGCACAAGACGGAGUCAACCCUCACUGCUCUAUUAGAAAGAGUUAAUGAACUUGAGAAAGGAAGCAGCACAUUCAAGUCGCCAGAUGAUUUCAAAGUCUCCCUCCCACUCCGCACCAAUUACUUGUACGGCAGGAUUAAGAAGACUCUGCCUGAGCUCUAUUCUUUCACUAUCUGCAUGUGGCUGAAGUCCAGCGCCUCGCCCGGAAUUGGAACGCCAUUUUCUUACGCUGUAUCGGGCCAAGCCAAUGAAAUCGUACUAAUUGAAUGGGGCAACCAUCCUAUUGAGCUGCUAAUUAACGACAAGGUAGCUCAGCUCCCAUUUACUAUUGGCGAUGGAAAGUGGCAUCAUAUUGGCAUCACAUGGACAACAAGGGAUGGAAUCUGGGAAGCAUUUCUAGAUGGUGAAAAACUUGGCUCCGGGGAAAAUCUUGCCCCAUGGCACCCAAUUAAACCAGGUGGAAUCCUCAUUCUGGGCCAGGAGCAGGACACGGUUGGGGGUCGGUUUGAUGCAACCCAAGCCUUUGUUGGAGAAAUGAGUCAAUUUAAUAUAUGGGAUCGUGUUCUGAAAGCAGAAGAAAUUGUGAACAUUUCAAACUGCUCCUACAAUAUGCCUGGCAACAUCAUACCGUGGGUUGAUAACAAUGUUGAUGUCUUUGGAGGAGCCACUAAAUUACCCCUGGAGCCUUGUGAAGAGCGCCUGUCCGAGUCAUAGCUAAAACUAGAGAUUCCCCCAAAGUGCCCUAAUUUACUGAGACAAUCUCUGUUGAAUUUUUUGGUCCUACAAUGCACUUAUUUGCGCAAACACAUUUUUAAAAACCCUCUAAGAAGCAGGCAUGGUUGAUGUGGGCUUUGUAUUGCCAUAGUGAAGCAUACUACUAAACGUCUGUGUCUUUAGGGGUUGGAUAAACAAGUUUCUAUUUGCCAUAUAAUAAAAUAAACAUGAUCUGUAGGUUGCAUACUGGCAAUCAGACAUUCAAUAAGAAAAAUAAGCAGGUACAGCUAUACACAUUUUUAUCAUUUGCCUGGCACUUGGAAAUAUUCAGUGUCACCACUGCUAUUUCUUAUAGAAAAAUUUUUUUUGGAUUGUGUUAUUCAUAGCACAAUUUGUCCAAAAUGAUAAAUGUGUGUAUACAUUAAUUAAAGUUGAAUAAAUCCAGGCCUUUUAUAUCUUUUUGUUGGUAUGCCUUGAGCGAGCAACCCAUGGCCCUCAAUAUUCUGUUAAGUACAAGUACCAGCAUCCCACUGGCCGCUCAAGGAACUAACCGAAAAUUCUAAAAGCUUAUUCUCCAGGCAACAAGCAUUGUCACCCAUAGCCAAACGUUCUGCUUUAUAAUCCAGCCUAUUCUGAUGUCUGUUACCCAACAGAUUUAAGUUUAUGUAAUGCCUAUUUAUAACUAACUGAGUUGACUAGUUCUUCAAAUUUCAGGACAACUAGUUCUACAGUGUGCCUGAGAAAGAGCCCUAUCUGUCUCCAAUGCAUGUGGAAUUAUCAAAGGCACCAGGCUAAAUCCUGCAUCAUACUUAGCUAAUUUUUAUGUAUUUAUUGACCUGAAACCUGGAGGACCCAGGUUUUUAACUAUGGGUUUGCAGGUUUGGGUUGAGAUUCUUAUUCACAGGUGGGUUGAUGGUGGGUCAAACUCUAAGCAGAGCUCGCUGUCAAUAAUGUAGUCAGACCAACUCCUGACCUCUAAUAAUGUCACCUCCCACCCAUCUGUCUGUGAUAUCAUUGCAAGGAGAUGUGAAGGGUCUGGCUCAUAAAAUGACUCAGGGCUUAAAGGCUGGUUGCGCAGGAUUUGGGAAGUAGCGGGUCAGGGUCAAAGACUGAAAAUUUCUGCCCCACUCAUCAGUAAUAGCUAAAACAGUAUAGGGGUAAUUUACAAAGACCCUGGCAAGGGCAUGGCCCUUAGUGGCCUUGCAGAGAACACUUCUUCCCUGAUCUGGCAGUGCUUUGCACCUCAUGGUGGAUAAAAAAAUAUCAUCCGGAACAGGUUGCAGAGCACAGCUCCAAGAGGCAAAUGCCAGUCUUGUCCUUACUCCAGUAUGUACAGGGUCCCAUUAUGACCUGCCACUACUCCCUAUAGAGAUAAGUAGGCGGACACCUACAUAUCUCAUCCCACCUGCUCUUCAUGAAUACAGAGCAACCGAGCACAGGCAGCAUUGUAUUCAUGGGGGCACUAUGAGAUGCUCUGAAAUGGAGAGAAUGAACCUCUGUAGAACAGGAUGACUUUGUGCAAAGUGCAAAAAAAAUUAUGGAUUGCAUCCAUUUUUUGAACAUUGAAUACUGCCGUCUUUGUAAAUGACCCCUUACAACUCAAUAUUAGUAAAUCACACAAGUCUGUUAUUAUCUCUAUAAUUAGUCACUUAGCAAACCCAUAAUAUAUGCACAGAUGUAUUAUUUCUCCCAGCACAGGAAUGGCCUUGAAACAAAAUGGAAAAUGAAUCCAGUUUUCAGAUUAAAACUGCACUUUCCAUGAAGACAGAUAUCUAUAUAUUAUAUUAUAUUACAUAUAUCUUAUUUAUUCAUUUUUUAUGUUAAAAGGAGGCUGAUCUUAUCUGAUAAGUGAAAAUGCCCUCUCUGGAGACGGAUAAUAAAAAAAUAUCUUUUGUAUGAAUUUUUAUUAACACUUUGCCAGCAUAAUUCUAAACAUUAAGGGCAAGCUUCAUAUAUACACUUGUAAUUACACCCCAGUUGUGGUCUAUAACUGCUUAUCAAUAUGGAGUGAUGUGAAAUCUUAGUGAUAAUUACCCAUUUUUUUAAAAAUCCUUCAGUGGAGGACAGAAAUGUCACAGAGCUUGUAUUUUGCAGGGUAUUUUGGUAUAAUGUUGUUUUAUUGUUAGCUAAAUGUUUUAAAUUCAUCCUAGUAAACAUUUUCACACUCAUUCAGGGGCUUAACAUGUAACAUCAAACACUGUUUUCAAGCUUUUUCCGGUGACUCUGCAUGCAGUUAGUUGGGGGCACAUAUCACAUAGGUGAAUAAAAACAGAUUUCUGUCCC